AUGGUCCGUCAAAAACCCCCGUCAGUCAACAAAAAUGCAAAUGCGACGACGAAAGAGGACCUCAACAAGAAGAGGCUCCGAAACCGCUUAUCGCAACAAACGUUCCGUCGGAGACAGGCAGAUCGCCUAAGACAGCUGCUAGAUGAUGUCAACGCGACUGGCAGGCCAGAUGACGAGACGAAUAGAGCAUUACGGGAAGAAAAUAGACGUCUACGCCGCAGUCUUAUCGAAUUGGAAUCUAAGAUUUCCCGACUCGUGGUUACAGUGCAGGGCUUGUCUGAAACGGUGUCAAAUGCUGUCGUGGAUACCACCCGGGAUGAAUCCAACAUUUUCGACUUCUGCCAGGGCCACGCCACGUCUGCUACUGCUACCGAAGAACUUGUAUCAAACCCAAGGCCAACGAUAGCUCCGAAACCCCUAUUCAGAAGAGAACUUCCACCUAUUAAAUCGACCCAACCUGCGGCACAGAAUGCGGACCACGAACAGGAGAUACGCACUCGAGCGCCGAGCAUCGACUGCAAUGCUGCUUUGAAUAUUGCUGCAAGUUUCGACAGCCUAGCUCAGCAAAUUCCCAGUAUCUGGUCUUUUGAGUACCAAAUGGGCCCCGGCCCAUACGCAGAUUGUUUAGCUGGAAGUGAAGAUUCUAGCCUUGUUCUUGGUCGCGCAUGGAUCGAGUCAAAUUCACCUUUCUCCGACCACAUCCAUGUUCUUCAGAGCCUUAUGAGGAGCAAACUAGAUCCUACCGUUUUACUUUCCAAGUCAACCAUUGAUCACUUUUACCAGGAGGUUCUUAUGGUUUUAGCUCUCUUCAAUAGUAUGACUCGCCCGGACGUUAUGCGAUGGUAUGCUCGAACACGAUUUUACCAUAUUGUCAACUUAACGGCCUGGCAAGUCUGCCCUUGCGCCUUAACAUUCGACUCCAUCCAUUCACAAUACCAGCCGACUGUUUUGCAAACACAACUACAAAAUCAGUACCCAAAAGUCAUAGAUUGGAUACCAUUUCCCACUAUCAGGGACCGACUCAUCCAAUUCCACGCAGCGAAUCCCCGCAUUGAUCAAAUAUUCUGCGAUGUUGUCAGUAGCUAUGUUGUGGAGGCAUGGAUGUCCGACUUGAUUGCAGGGGCACCAAUGAUCAAAGCCCACAUUCGGGUUACAGACCUUGUCCAGAAUAUUGAUCCAUCGGCCUUUGACAAGGGAUCAAAUAAGGCAGCCAACGUCAAUCUUCCUGCACCUGACGUGGCCACUCUAUUUUCAUCCACCGACUAUUCUCUGGCUGUAUUCAAUCACCUUGGUAUGGAUCUUGGGGUGUCAAACUACAAAAUUGAUCCUGCUUUCUUUGCUACAUACCCAGAGCUAUACGACCAUAGUGCGUGUAUCUCCGGUGAAGGCAUCUCAUUACGACCAGAAGCCCAGGCUCGGUUGACGUAUCCUAAGCCCCUGGACUCACAAAUAUUUCAAACGUAUCGGAAUUUCAUUGAAUUUUCCUACGGUUGGCCGCUUCACAUGGCAGGAGUUUUCGGAUGA